AUGUCUUCACCGCCACCCACCACUCCCAAUCCCCUUAUCUCGCGCAAGCGGCCAUCAAUAUCAUCCACAGCAUCCGGCCAAGCGAAACGACCGCGGAUGCAUCCCCUACGUCAGACAUCCUUUCCGACUGGUAUGGGCUUUGACUUCGAUAGUUCACGCAAUCGAGCCCCCAGCGACGCCGGGAGUGUAACGGGCAGUUUCACAGGAAGUCUGGGAGGAGCGAGCAGUGUAGUCGACGGACCGAAGAAGAGAGGCCGGAAGAAGAAAGCUGAUAAAGAGCGAGAGGAUGCUUCGAUUAGAGGUGGUGCGGAUGGAAGGAGUACGAGAGUUGGCUCGGCAGAUAUCGAUGGCGGCUCUGUGAGGGGAGGAGCGGGUGGAGCGGGAACAGCUGGAGGCAAUGAGGAAGCUGGAGAGGAAGAAGAGGAACAAGAUAUGGAGGGUGAUAUGCUUGGUGGUACGGAAGGAUUUCUGGAUCUUGCUACGGAAAAGAAAAAUCUUGCUGUCCUUACGGGCUCAUUCACACCACUUCAAGCCGAUCGAUACGAGAAAUGGAAUCGAACGCGAUUACGAAAAGAAACACUUCGCCGAAUCGUCAAUCAUGCUCUCUCACAAUCCGUACCGCAGAGCGUUGUAACAGUGGUGAAUGGGUUUACAAAGGUCUUCAUUGGUGAAAUCAUCGAGAAAGCUAGGACUGUGCAGGAUGAAUGGGCAAAAGCGUACGACCUCGCAGCUCUUGUAGCUUGGGAACGUGAACAAGCUGAGCUAGAGGCGGCAGCGGCUGCAAAGGCACAGGCAGAAGCAGAAGCAAAGGCCAGAGCAGAAGCAGAAGCUAAGGCUAAAGAAGAAGCCGAAACCAAGGCUAAAGAGGAGGCGCAAACAAACGGCGAUUCGGCAACUGCAUCAUCAACUCCAGCAGAAACUAAAGAAGGCGAUAAAACGACCAACGGACUGAAACUUGAAUCUCAAUCUCCGCCUGGAUCAAACAAUAUCAUGGCAUCACUGUCAGCAGCUGGCUUCCCUACCAAUCACCUCGCCCCUCAUGCAUCGAAUCCGAAUACAGGCCAGCUGGUCAAUGGAUUCAAAACAGAGACGACUCCUGCCAAUCGAAUCUCCAUACCUCCAGUGAACCCUCAUCGGGGCCAAUUACUUCCAGAUCACAUUCGUGAAGCUGUACGGCGUUACAAACGUGACGGUGAGGGUGGAGGAACUGGCAUGUCUGGUCUCAGCCAGCCGAUGAUGGGAGCAAGAGGUGCUUUUACAUGGCAGGCUGGACCUGGUGGGAGAAGACUGUUUCGAUAA